GCAGGAUUCCUAGCUUUAUGGCUUCUUUGCUUUCCUUGCCUGUUCACUUCAGAUCCUACAGGCACUACAUUUCUCGUUGUUGAUGCAUGUUCGAAGUGGCCUGAAGUGUUCAGUAUGACCUCCACAACUGCUUCUCAAAUGGUGACAGUACUGAGAGAACUCUUUGCAAGGACUGGUGUACCUGAACAGCUAGUGAGCGACAACGGGCCCCAGUUUGUAUCUGCAGAGUUUCAAAUCUUCCUCAAGAACAACGGGAUCAAGCAUUUGACCUCAGCGCCAUACCACCCUGCUACAAAUGGCUUAGCUGAGAGAUUUGUGCAAAGCUUAAAGAAUGCUCUGCGCGCCAUGACAAAUGAAAAAAUGACACUAAAUCAAAAAUUGCAAAAUUUCCUGUUUGCGUAUCGAAACGCAGCCCAUGCUACCACGAAUCGAACCCCUGCCAUGUUGUUCCUGGGAAGACCCUUACGCUCUAGGCUGGAUUUGUUGAAACCAAAUCUGAAAAGAACCAUACAGGACAAACAAUUGAAACAAUCGCAAGGAGGAGGAAAAACACGCGAGUUGGAAGUGGGGGAUAAUGUGCUUGCUAGGGAUUACAGAGGAGAUCACAAGUGGAUGCCUGCAAGAGUCAAAGAAAGAACAGGUCCGCUCUCGUAUACAGUGGAGGUUGCUCCCGACAUCCUCUGGAGAUGGCAUAUUGAUCAGCUGAGAAGCUCAAAUGUUCCUCUGGAAAGUGUUCCAGUGAAUGUUCCAUCUACACCUACUGUCCCUGCUACCACUGAAAGUGAAACGGCCCUACCAUCAGAUGGCACAGUAACUCCCUGUAAAGCGCCACAGUCACCUGUUCCUAUCUGCGAAGAGAGACGUUACUCUACCCGUGUACGGAAACCUCCAAACCCUGAGGCCGAGGAGGAGUCCAACGCUAAAGUCGGCUUGUCACCCUUUGAACCGUUCUCUCCCGCGUCUGUUGGGUCCCGUGAAGAGGCGCGACUGAAGGUCCGCCUGGCCCGCUUACAGAUGGAUGCACACGAGAAAGCCCAAGCACGGCAGGCUGAAUUAGAUUUGCGUUUGAAAAUACGCAAAUUGGAAAUAGGCCGAUACGCAGAUAAAGUUGCGACAGCUCGAGCUGGAAUCGCUGAAGGCUGCUGCCAGCUCGGCUGCACAACCGAGUCCCGCACCAAUCUCUAA